AUGUUGCUCAGCCCUACCGUGCUCCUGGUUGGUGCAGCAUGUGUAGCCUUCCUGGUCGUGCGGUACCUAACACAGUUACACCAUCACCGUAAAUUAUCCAAAUCCCUGCACUGCGAACCAUGUGCUCGUGGACCAAGAGGAUUCCUGGGAAUCCCUGCAUUCCUUACACUUGCAAAGGCUGUUCAUGAAAAGCGCUGGAUCGACUAUUUGUGCGAUCAAUAUGGAAUCUAUGGAAAUACAUUCAAUCAGUUUAUGUUCGGUCGGGAACUCAUGGCCACCAUUGAGCCUGAGAAUGUAAAGGCAAUCCUUGCGACUCAGUUCAAGGAUUUCUCAUUGGGAACACGACACGAACAAUUUUAUCCAUUACUCGGCGAUGGAAUUUUCACAUUAGAUGGUGCGGGGUGGUCGCAUGCUAGAGGUCUAUUGCGACCGCAAUUUACUAGGGACCAGGUCGCCGAUUUGGCUCUGCUAGAUGAUCAUAUUAACCAUUUGCUCGAUCUCAUCCCCCGGGAUAGAAGUGCUUUCGACAUUCAGCGACUUUUCUUCCUCCUAACCCUCGACUCAGCGACGCAUUUCCUCUUCGGCGAGUCAGUAGGAUGCAUGCUCCCCGAAUCUGAGACUACAGGUGUUCUGGCCAAGUCUGCUGUCAAGAAUGCCCAGGGUUUCGCCGACGCCUUCACUGUUGCCCAGGACUGGCUGGCCGCUCGCUCCAGAGCUCAAGGCCUAUAUUGGACAGUCAAUCCUAAGGAGUUCCAGGAAGCGAACCGUCGCGUGCAUGAGGUUGUCGAUCAUUAUGUCAAUGUUGCGCUGGAGAAGAAGAGAAAUCCCGAUGAGAAGAAUGCAAGCGAUCGUUACAUUUUCCUCGAUGCUUUGGCGGCUGACACCGAUGAUCCGAAGAUGCUUCGUGAUAACAUGUUGAACAUUCUUCUCGCCGGUCGGGAUACUACUGCCAGCUUGUUAAGUUCAGUUUUCUUCUAUCUUGCACGUAAUAAGCAGGCGUGGAAUCGCCUGCGUCGCGAAAUUGUUGAGACAUUCGGUGACAGCAAGCAUCCACACACUGAGAUCACACAAACCAAGCUGAAGGAUAUUCCCUACCUGCGAUACGUGCUCAACGAGACUCUGCGUCUUCAACCACCUGUCCCUGUGAACUUCCGCGUCGCAACAAAGGACACCUCUCUCCCUGUUGGAGGUGGACCCGACAAGCGAUCGCCCGUUUACAUCAAGAAGGGUACACUGUGUGCUUACAACGUCUACUCAAUGCACCGCCGGACCGAUUUCUGGGGUAAAGAUUCUCGCUCAUUCCGUCCGGAGCGAUGGGAAGAGAAUCCCAAGCACGGCUGGGAAUAUCUGCCUUUCAAUGGUGGUCCUCGGAUCUGUCUCGGACAACAAUAUGCUCUCACUGAGGCCAGUUAUACUGUUGUUCGACUCAUGCAGAAUUUCGAUACACUCGACAACGCUGAUCCGCACCCUCGACAGGAACCCAUCAAGCUGUCUAAUUUGACUAUGAUGCAUGAUGUUGGUGUGCCGGUGAAACUAUAUUCUUCUGACACGAUCUAG